GACGUCGAUCAGUGUUUGUGAUCUACAACUUUGUAUCCAGACUAAUCGAAAUGAGCAAGGCGCACCCUCCUGAGCUUAAAAAGUUUAUGGACAAGAAGUUGGAUUUAAAAUUAAAUGGCGGACGAAGCAUUCAGGGAAUUCUACGAGGAUUUGAUCCGUUCAUGAACUUAGUUAUUGACGAUGGUAUAGGCAAAAGAAAGGACGGUUCAGUUGAAAAGAUCGGUAUGGUUGUCGUGCGCGGAAACUCUGUAUUAAUGAUGGAGGCUGUGGACCGGAUAUAGUCGAAUAAUCAAAGGCUUAUCCGUGGUAAACAAUCAUUAAGAGUUCUGUUAUUCAAACAUAAGAAUUCAAUUAAUAUAGAAAGCGACAUUAUUAUUCAUCGUAGUGUCAACAUUUUGGAACUUCUUUGUUAUGUUCAAUAUACAUUUUCUAAUUUGAUUUCAAUUCACUACUCCCAAUUAAAUCAUACAUGUUUUUGUUGAAUGUGUCUCUGUUUUCUAUGGUCACUUUAUUAUCAUUGACAAAUACAACUUUUAUAUUUGACCUACCUGU